AAUGGAACUACAUAGCCAGGAAGUAGUACUUGUGCCUGGAAAGGAAGGCGCAGCCAUUGCAUUUUGAUCAGGCAGCUCUCUCUCUCCUCUCUGUCGUUUUGGGACGACAAUCAGGUUGCUGGCACUAACAGCUGUUCAAUGCUCUCUUGCCAGAUCAUGCAGCUUGAGCUUUAGCAAGUUGUGUCAGGAUUGUAGAAAAAGUGCUGAAGAGCUACAUUCUUUCAUUCCAGCUGCACCAUCAGAGAUCUGGAACCAAGUUUGUGACGUGCUUUUCGGUAUAACCUGCUCUACUUGAAAGGAACGAUUGCACACAUCUCCAUCAGCCGAACCACCAUAAGCGCCCGCGCCCGCCAUCUCCUAUGGCGGACGCCGCCUACGCCAGCCAAAUGGACACUCACCGCCGCUCGCUGUCCCUCAAAACCCCAGCCGACCCUGCCGAAAUUACGGGCGAUGCUACCUCCGCUUUAGAGAUAGAUUCCGGCGCCGUUCGAGGGGAGAAGCUGGGCAUGAGGGCCGUGCGGAAGGCUGAGGGAAUGAAGUUGAAACACGUAGCCUCGGUGCGGACAAUGCAGCUGCUCUCGCGGUUUCUGAGGGUGGGGCGGGCAUUCUUUCAGGGCGACGCCAAGUGGCGGGCCUGGGGGCUGACGGCGCUGAUGCUGGCGCUGUGUGGCGUUACUACAGGCCUGUUUGUGGUUUUGUCAUACACGCAGCGCGACUUCUCGACCGCUCUCUCCCAAAAAGACCAGCCCGCCUUCUGGAAGGCCGUUUCACGCUUCCUAGGCAUCCUGGUGGUGGCGACGCCGCUCUUCGCGGUCUACGACUACGUGCAGGACCUUUUGGCGCUCGAGUGGCGCGAGUGGAUGACCAACCUCCUCGUCUCCAACUACUUUGCGCGCCGCGCUUUUUUUGACCUGAAACUCGAGAAUACACUGGACAAUCCGGACCAGCGGAUCUGCGACGACGUCCGAAAUUUCGUCGGCGGGAGCGUGGGACUCGUCGUCUUUACCACCAACAAGAUCCUCAACUCGAUUGCAUUCACGGGCGUGCUCUGGUCCGUCUCCCCAGAAUUGGUCAUCUUUCUGCUGGCGUACUCCAUAAUUGGGACGCUUGUUGCGCUCAAGAUCUUUGGGAAGAAGAUGGUGCACUUGCAAUACGAGGCCCUCGCUCGUCAAGCCGACUUCCGGUACUCGAUGGUACGUGUCCGCGAGAACGCCGAGUCAAUCGCCUUCUACCGAGGCGAGGAGCGCGAGCUUCACUCUGUGAGCGCUUUCGUCCGACGGAUGAUCGCCGUGCUGCGGCAUCGCAUCGUGUGGAGCCGCCACCUGUCACUCUUCGGGAACGCUUAUGAGUACGCGACUCUAGUGAUUCCCUCGGUCAUCAUUGCGCCGCGCUACUUCGCGGGCCAGAUUGAGUUUGGCGUGGUCACUCAGGCGGGCAUGGCCUUCCGCGCGAUCCUGUCCGCCCUGACGGUCCUCGUAGCGAAAUUCCUGGAGCUCAGCGAAUUGGCUGCGGGCACGGAACGCUUAGACGCCCUCAUUCUGGCCCUUGCCAAGCACAGCGGCGACCGGCGGUUGGCAACUCACGAGCAAGUAGCGGAAGAGGAAGCGGGGCCGCGGAACAGCGCGGAAGAAGACGACGAAGAACGUGCGUUGUUGCUGCGCGUGACGGAAGGCGGCCCCUCGCGCAUCGCUAAAACCGAGGGCCCGGGACUGAUUCUGAAGGACGUCUCCAUUUCAACGCCAGACCGGCGACAAACUCUGUUUGAAAAUCUGAACCUGACACUACUCGAGGGACAAUCGCUUAUGGUCACGGGGCCCUCGGGGUGCGGGAAGUCGAGCUUGCUGCGGGCGAUUGCCGGGCUGUGGAACGCAGGGAGUGGAGAGAUAAGCUGCCCCCCGGCAGCGCAGACCUUCUUCUUGCCGCAAAAGCCGUACAUGCCGCUGGGGAGUCUGCGACAGCAGCUGCUGUUUCCAAAGGACGAGAGCCACAAGCUGCGGCCAGCGGACGAAGAACUCAUCACGGCACUCGAAGAGGUACACCUAGGGAGCCUCGCGGAGAAGGUGGGCGGUUUGGGGGCCGUCUGCGACUGGUCGGACAUGCUCAGCUCGGGGGAGCAGCAACGGGUCGCUUUCGCCCGGUUGCUCCUACAAGAACCCCAAGUCGCCUUCCUGGACGAGUCGAGUAGCGCUCUGGACAGCGCCAACGAGGCGCACCUGUACAGUCUGCUGCAACGACGGAUACACUGCUACGUCAGCGUGGGGCAUCGUCUCUCGCUGGUCAAGUACCACACGCACGUGUUGCAGUUCACGGAAGGAUCUGGGUGGCGCCUUCAGACGUCACAAGCCUUCCAGCGACAGAUGGCCGUCUGAAGUCCCCUCCAAAAGGCGACAGCUUUUCUAGCAAGCACGCUCGGAGCAGCAGCCGUCGUCUGAAUGCCAAAAAACCUCGUUAUCAUGCAGCUUAAGCAGUUCUUGAAAACCGAAGAUAAUUGAGAAGGCGUCUGCACGCCAAACCACUUUGGGGAAAUUGAAUGGAUCUCGCGGUCUCUUUUAUGUUUGCAAAAGGUGCACGAGGUUCCGAAGAAAGCAAAACAAUGUUGAUCAGUGAGCUUGAAACAGAACCGGUUUAUUCUGGCAAGCCGCCACCCUCCUAAAUGUCACAAGUAUGAUCGAUUCCAACGCGACAGAAUCACUACUAUAGUGUUGGCACGCGAUCGGAUGAGCCAUAUUCAUAAGCGGCAGCGCGGCAAAACAAGCGGAGGGACGCGUUCGACCUGGUGCUU